AAACCUGUUUCCCUACCACAAACUUACCGGUUCUUACCUUAGCUAGCUUACCGGGAACGACCUUGUCAAGCUGCAAAACAAAAGCAAAAGAAGCACCAAGCCGCAAUCCCUAGCCUCUUGGCAAGCAUAGCGAUAUCCUUAUUGUAACCUUUUUGUCGCCCUUGAUACGAACACGCUGCAAACCGCGCCUACGAACGACCGCCAACGGGGUUUGGCGCCCAAACAAACGCGAUAAUAAUGCAUUUGCCUUUCCUGGGGCGACUGAAUAUUCCCGAAUAUGUCGCCCUCCUUGGUUCAUUCUUCUUCGUUGGGCUUGAGGCCUUGAUUCGUGUAAUCACACUAGCGCUGCCCUCGACAUUGAUAUCCCUGCUAUAUGGCGUCUCGCGCCGAAUCUUUAACCGAUAUUCCACUCCUAAGCAGAAGAUAGCUGUGGAAAAGCAGAAACCCGUGUCCACUUCGAUUCGAGAUGCAUCCGAUUUUGUCGAACUUUGCGCCCUGAACGGCUACCAGGCUGAAGAACAUGUAGUUCAGACUAAAGAUGGCUAUCUACUCGGGCUGCAUCGCCUCGCAUGGAGAAAAGGGGAGGAAGACCAAAGAGUCAACAGCGGCCCAAAUAGCGUCCAGAAGCGUGUAGUGUACUUGCACCAUGGUCUGCUCAUGAACAGCGAGGUCUGGGUCUGCCAGACGGACACAAACCGGUCGCUCGCGUUCGUGCUAGUGGAUCAAGGUUUCGAUGUCUGGCUUGGAAACAAUCGCGGCAACAAGUACUCGAAAAAAAGUAUCAACCAUCCACCUACUUCCACGGCCUUCUGGAAUUUCUCCAUCGACGAAUUUGCUUUCCAUGACAUUCCGGAUAGCAUCGCGUAUAUCCUGGAGACUACAGACGAAAAGUCGUUGUCGUACAUUGGUUUCUCGCAGGGUACAGCACAGGCCUUUGCCAGUUUGGCCGUCAAUCCAAGACUGAACCAGCAGGUCAACGUCUUUAUCGCCCUCGCGCCAGCCAUGUCACCGGCAGGACUUUCGAACAGAGUAGUGGAUGCUCUGAUCAAAUCGUCACCUUCGGUUCUGUUCCUGCUCUUUGGUCGCCGAGCGAUCCUCAGCUCUGCAACCAUGUGGGAGACCAUCUUGUAUCCUCCGAUCUUUAUCAAGGUCAUAGAUGUUGCUGUGUCUUUCUUGUUUGGUUGGAAAACCAAAAACAUCUCAACUAGCCAAAAGCUGGCUGCUUAUCCCCAUUUGUACUCGUUCACCAGCACCAAAUCGGUGGUACAUUGGUUCCAGAUUAUCCGUACCAAGAGCUUUCAGAUGUACAACGAUGACGUCCAGCAACCACUGUCGCUGAGUACAAGCUCCAAGUUCACGAGAGUGGCUAAGUAUCCUACGCGGAACAUCAAGACGCCCAUAGUCCUAGUCUAUGGCGGUUCCGAUUCGCUGGUUGAUAUCAAAGUCAUGCUUCGCCAGCUGCCGCCUCAGACCGUCGCCACCGAGAUUCCGCGCUACGAACAUAUUGACUUUUUGUGGGCGCGCGACGUUGACGCGCAAGUAUUCCGCCACGUCUUCGACGCGCUGGACUCAUUUACUGGUGUGGAACACACCAAGGAAGAGUAUAACCGGUAUAGGACUGCUCGCUCUUCCAGCAUCAGUGCCAGCGUCAACUUCAGGCGACACGCCCAUCAUGAUAGUGUGGACAGUCAGGCAGAUGUGGCAGAUGUGACAGAUGAGACCACAGCGACAACCACCGAGGCGGAAAGCGACUCGGGUGAGAGGACCCUCGUCAACGGCCGCAGCGGGUCGAGGUCUAGACUUCAGCACCAGGCCACAGAGGGUCUGCGUAGCCCUUCAAGGGGAUCUGAGGUCUCAGUAGGCACGGGCGGAUUGACUACAAAUGGUGCAGCAGCAUCCGAUGGUGAAAGCUCCUCGGGUUCGCCCGCCAGGCGAAGGGCAGGCAUUCUACGCCAUUCUAGCGGCGUGAGCGUCGACUCUCUGCGUCAAGGCCGUGGAAUUAGGGUGGGUGCCAGUCGGGCCGUAGGGGGUGUGACUGCUGCAAUCGCCGGCGGCAACUCUCCCAGCAGCGGGACGGAUUAGGAUAGACCGCCAUCAGCUCUGGCAGUGUUGGCUUCACGGAGGCCCGGUUCGCCGGCAGUGGCGACUAAUAUAUUGAGGCAGCCGAGUCCUCUUGCGAGAAGCUGAAGAAGCAUCCGCUAUUCUGUUUUUCUCUACACAAUCUGCAAGCAGUUAUGUGGUCAGAGAGAGAAAGUUUGCAAACCAUUUCCUAGUGUCUCACCGAAGUCUCCUAGAAAUUUGGGGUUAUCAUGUACAUCUCUACAUGUACAUCGAAUUUGGCGUUGCGGUUGGCUUUUACCGUUUGGGCGCAAGAAAAAAAAAAGCAAAUUGCUUCUCCUUUGUUGUCACCAGGAACCUGACCUAUAGAUAUAAGUACC